GUGACAACCCAAAAGAAAAACAGAACGUCAAAAUUAGAAAAUCCAGUAUCCAACCCGUUCCCCUUCAUUUUGCAGUCAAAUAACUAAAUUCCUGGUUUCGCUUAUUCGACCUUUUUGGCUAAAUAGAAAAAGGGGACCAUUUACCAACGGCUAAUCCUCAAGUUCUUAGAGUUCGACUUUAUUUACCCUUAUCAAAAUGGGUAAUGAGAGCUCCCUGCCCAUGGAACUAUGUUCUAAUUUUGACGCAGAUGAAAUACGACGUUUGGGAAAACGCUUUAGGAAGUUAGAUCUUGAUAAUUCUGGGGCUUUGAGCAUUGACGAGUUUAUGUCAUUGCCAGAGCUUCAACAGAAUCCCCUAGUCCAGCGGGUUAUUGAUAUAUUUGAUGCAGAUGGUAAUGGCGAAGUUGAUUUUAAAGAAUUUAUUCAAGGAGUGUCACAGUUUAGUGUUAAAGGUGACAAGCUGUCAAAGCUAAGAUUUGCAUUCAGAAUUUAUGAUAUGGAUAAUGAUGGGUAUAUUUCUAACGGGGAGUUGUUUCAGGUUUUAAAAAUGAUGGUUGGCAACAACCUGAAAGACACUCAACUUCAACAAAUAGUGGAUAAAACCAUCCUCUUCGCUGACAAGGACGAAGAUGGUAAAAUAUCAUUCGAGGAAUUUUGCAAUGUUGUUGGUAACACGGACAUUCAUAAAAAGAUGGUUGUCGACGUUUAAAUUGCACUUAGAUUUAUAUUAUACUCGAAAUACACUCUGCAAAACUUAUUAGCAUGCAUAAACUUCGGUAGACUAGUAGAAAUCCUUUAUUUAUACAUUAUGUUAUAAAAAGAUCCAUCAUCUUAUUUAAAUUUAAGCCAGUGUCUAUGUAAUUAGGGUUGUUCUAGUCAUAAUUAUGUUAAUAUAUAUAAAUGGUGUUCUUAUUGCAUACAAUGUUUUCAUGCAUUGUUGUGCGCUGCUAUUUAGCUUGCUAGGAUAUUGGUUUAUUGUGGUGUAAUAAAUAAUCUGAUAUAAUAAUUUAAUACUAUUUAUAAGAAAUCACUUUUUCAUGCCACAACGUGUGGAUAGGUUUAAGGUUAUUUCACAUCAACCUGCACUAAAAACUUGUUAAUUAAUAUUGUUACUAAUUUUAAAUUAGGAUUUUAAAGGACAAAUUACUUAUAAUGAAGUGAAUUUUUCUUUGCUCGAUUUACUCUAGGAUUGCUAAAAUUCAACAAUUUCAGAACUAGUCACAAAAAUUAUCAUACACAACUGCAUAGUCAAGGAUUAAAUCGAACAAUAGAAAAAUUUUAGAUUCAUACAACUGUGUUCUAUUUAUUUAGAUUCUAAUCAAUAUUCAUCGUAGUUUGAUUAAUGUAAGCAAAAUCGUAUAUAUAACCAUCUAGCCCCUAUUGAUGUGUAUUUUUCCUACAUUGAUUCAAAUUGGCUGUCAUUUUGAUUACGCUAGGUGUUGUGUGUUUAGCUCUUUAUUAAACUAUUAUCCCAAAUACAUAUAUAUAUGAAAUUAUUAUGGCUGCCAUUUACCCAGCUUAACUUCAACAUUGACUUUCGAUGGGUGAGUCGAAGGUCUGUCGACGAAGUUGGCUGUUACAAUCUGAUUAUCUUUUUAAAUCAGACAAGUUUUUUAGACUGUUUAUUUGGAAAUUUAAUUUUAAAAUUUAAAAAACUUGCCAUGUGAUUAAAAAUGUGCGCCGAAUCACCCGAAAUUAAAAGCCAACGUUUGUCAGUUGCGCUUUUUAUUUCGAUGAUUGUUUUGGUUUAACGAAUAUUUUCAUUGAAAGCUGGUCGGGUUGUUGAUUGAAGCCGUUAUGUUUGGUACAUGAUAAAUCUAUAUAUAAUUAAGCAGUUUUUGAUGUAGUGUUACACUCAUGCGUGAUUGUAUAUUCUCGUUUAUGUUUAAUAAAUAUUAUUUACCUCUCUUAA